UGUGUGUCUGGGUGUGUGCAUGCAUGGUGAUCGGUGUACCAUCCAUGGUGUGUUCUCAUUUUGUGCCCCUUGUGCCUGGGAUAGGCUCCUGAGCUACUGCGACCCUGACCAGUAUAAAGUGCUUAAGAUGAAGGAAUGAAUGCCAAACUGUUCAAACAAAUUAUUGCACGCAAUGGCCAUUUCAUAAGUAACCUCAAUCGAAUAGGUGCAUUAGAGCCAUUAAGACCCACUGUGGCUCAUCUGUGAUAUCAGGACUAAUGGAUGUAGGUACAAACUGUACCUAAGAAAGUGGCCACUGAGCGUAUGUCCUUAUAUCUUAAACUAAACUGUACCCCACUACAUUUCUGACCUCGAGUCGCAAUAAAACCUCAGAAUAACCUGAAAUGGUAUUAUCAGUGCAUGUGGACGGAAAGCACGUGCUACACAAAUCAGCCAAUCACAGUCCACGUGCGCCAGAAGCUAUAAAUAGGAGUGCACCACAGGGCGCGCGCGGCAGAUUUUCCAAUAGGUUUCUAGUAAUCUCUGUGGCAACGGAAGAAAAUGCGCUUAGCUGCAUAGUGACUGUUUUUUUAUUCGAGGUAGGUCUUGAGGUGCCACCACACCCGUGUAAAAUUAUCGUGAUGGCAGACAGAAGGAAACCCAUCGAGACUGCUUCCCGUAAACGUGGCUCGGAUGAGAAUAAGAUGAGACAUUUUCCGUACUUGAAGCCCCUGUCUGUUUAUUCUCGCAUGGUCUUUUCCGAAGCCACCGAUUCCUGUUCGGUCAGUCCGUCCGGGAGUCCUGACGGUCCUUCCUGGAACUUGAAAGUUGAGUUAAGUAACGGCAGGGCGUCCGUUGGACGUAAGAGGCGAUUGGAUGAUUCGUGUCUUGAUGAGACGUGCGAUACCCCGCCAAAAAAACCCUGUCUUGCCAAACGCUCUUCUCCAGAUUCAGCCUGUGAUUUAGGUUCCUUCGGUACUUUCCGACAAGUGACGCUUGUCUCUGCGAAGUCCUCCUCCGUAGUACUCGAAGAGAUUAAAAGGGUAGAAAAAACUCUGUCUGAUCAGACAUCGUUAGGCUGGAUUGAUGGUACUGACAAGAGUGACGGUUAUAGCAGCGCGUCACUUACUGACGUUCACUCAAGCAGCCCGGUGAUUGUAUGCAAUCAAGACAGUACGAAUGUUAUUGCAUUCGAUUAUGAUGUGGAUCAGAUCAUGUGUCUGAGUCCAAUCGAUAGUGCUGAUGGUCUGGAGGGUUUCAUUCAUAGUUGUCGGACUUAUUACGAGGAGCACUUUUCGGCCGAGGAGGGCCACAGCUCGUGGGGUAAAUCGAGACGUAAACGAAGGACUUCAGAGUGUUCGCUUGGCAAAGACGCAACUGGAAGCGACGAGGGUUAUGUCACUAAAUCUUAUUACACAGCUGACCCAGGGGAGUCAAAGGUCACAACGGAAAACGAGAUCACCAAACGCGAUGAGGCGUGUUUUAUAAAAUCGUCUAAAAUUACUGUCCCGAAUUUGUCAAAUGAAAAAACACCACCUGUAUCCAAUCCAAUCAUGUCCACCCCAUUGGACAAAUUUAGGGCGCUUGCUAAGCCAUCUCCAAUAUUAAGUCCUAAACUAGACUUGUACAAAGAGAGCUGGUCCUCACCUUCAUUAAUUAGCAAGCCUGUAAAAACUCCCACCGCAUUUUCCCCGAGCACAUGUGUGAAUUUGGACGCUGGUAAUACAGAAGCACUAACCACAAUCCCCUUCCUGAAUGUUAAUAAGAGUAAAAAGGGUAACACGGUGCGUGAAGGCAUGCCGAUCCACAAGUCAGUAGUGUGCCAUAAUAAGGAGAAGAAGAAUGCUAAGCAGGUGAAGGAGGAUGUGGUGUCGGUCAGUCAGCGGCAGUUCAGGGAGGAAACGGAUGCCUCGGACAGCUUCAAGAACACGCUGCCUCUUCAGGUCCAGGGGAAGUCGGAGGCUGUUUCUCCCAACACACAGCAACCGGAAGCAGUCAAAGCAACAGCACAUCGACAGCCAGAGAAGAAAACGGCAUCUAAGGGCCGAAGAAAUGCCUUCAUAGACAUCCCAAGACCAGUGGUAUUGUACAGAGAGGAGGGCUGGGAGAAAGACAAGAAGGCGUAUGUGGACUCGGUGAGGAGACACAUGACGGAUAACGUUGAAGACGGUGUAAUGACUGAGCUUUUGCAACUCAUGAAGACCGUAGCCAAUCAGGGGAGAGGAAGCGAUGGGAGAAAGUGGCAGCACCCGUCCGACCUCACCCGCAGAAACUACCGGUUGAAUAACAGCAACCGUUUACUCUCACUGGAUGAAUGGCAGAACCUGAACUAUAGUAACCAUCGCCGCUUUGCUAAAGUGCCCGAGAUGUUCAAGAGAAGCCAAGUGCUUUAAUACUUUUCAUCAAAGCAAACGUCGCACACUCACCACCCCAAAAUCUCUGUUUUUCCCUUUCUGUAUUAUUAAUGAUGCUGAACUCAAGCCUCUUUUCAUAUUCAACGUCUCAGCUGGACCCAUGGGGUACGUGGUGUGCUGUCUCGCACUUUUCUUUGCCACUACUUUUCUUUGUGUGUUUGAAAAGUACGUUGCUGUGGAUGUUUUUUUUUAAUGGUGUGUAUCUGUUAGAUUUUAGACGUUUGUGGUUUGACACUGGUGUGACAAAGGUGGACACGUUUCAAACCCGCAGCAUUUUCAUAAGAAAUGAUUGAUGAGUGGUUUCAGAAUCAUUGAUUUCUCUGCCUUGCUGCAAGCAUUUGGGUUGUAAAUUCCUUUUAACUAUGUACAAAAAUGGUGAAUUUUAUCUGAGGUGAUUAUUUAUCCCUCUCGUCUAAAUUAAGUCCAUCUAACACAGUCACUUUAUUCCCAAACGGACACACACUGUCCAGAGCCUGCACUCUUGUACUUGUGUGUGCCUUUGGACUUGUUGGAUUUGUCCCCUGUUUUAUUUUUCCGGAUGUUCCUAAAUACUUGUGUGUUCAGUUUGCAGGUUUGUUGCUGUGUAGUGUCACUGUUUUAGGCACUUUUUGUACCAUUUGUUUAUUUCCAAAGAAAAUUAAAUUAUAGCUUUAAAUAUGUGUGAGAGUGUCUUGUUAUCAUCUCACAGUGACAUGUACUUAGCUAAAUUAUAACGA